UCUGGUGGGGUUGUCAAGGCUGCAAGAGCGUGAAGCAGCUGAUCACACCGUAUCUGCAGCUGGGAAACAGAUAACGCUGGCACUUAGUUCAUUCUCCUUAUUCAAGUUCAGGACCCCAGCGCAUGGGAUGAUGCCACCCACUGUUAGGGGGGCCUUCCCACCUCAAUGAACUAAUCUGGACACUCACUCAAAGACGUGUUCAGAGGUUGUCUCCAUGGUGACUCUGGGUCCUCUCCAGUUGACACUUGUGAAACUCUGUCCAGUGCUUUCAGCCUGCUGUAUGUAUGGGGAAGAAGGGUAAUGUUCCCUGGACCGUGGUGUUCAGGGACCCGUGGCUGGCACUGGUGACUGCUGACCUCUGAAAGAGACAAUGGCUACAAGGUUUUACCUCUUGUGCCCAGGCACCCAGAAGAGCCCGGAAGAGAGUAGAAGGCACAGCCAGCUCCAAUGUCUUCUCGAUGUUCGACCAGUCCCAGAUUCAGGAGUUUAAAGAGGCCUUUACUAUCAUGGACCAGAACCGCGAUGGCUUCAUUGACAAGGAGGACCUGAGGGACACCUUUGCUGCACUGGGUCGCAUAAAUGUCAAGAACGAGGAGCUGGAAGCUAUGGUGAAAGAAGCUCCGGGGCCCAUCAACUUCACAGUCUUCCUGACCAUGUUUGGGGAGAAACUCAAGGGCACGGACCCAGAAGAGACCAUACUGCACGCCUUCAAAGUGUUUGACACUGAAGGAAAAGGCUUCGUCAAGGCUGACUUAAUUAAGGAAAAGCUGAUGACCCAGGCUGACCGGUUCAGCGAGGAGGAGGUCAAGCAGAUGUUUGCAGCUUUCCCGCCAGACGUCUGCGGCAACUUAGACUACAGGAAUCUGUGCUACGUCAUCACACACGGCGAGGAGAAGGACUAGAAGAUGCGUCUCCUCUGUACCUGGAGUCAGCGAA